ACAACGUGUAUUGAGCCAAGUUAAUGAGCAUUUAAACACGUAAUGCCAGAUACAUUAAAACUUUUUAAUUACAGCUUGCGCCUGGUGUGAAGCGGAAUGUGGUUAUAAGCGCCGUCGAUGAAGGGAAUGGAAAAGCUAUUCGACACAUCGUAAGCGUGACGUCACCCCAGUCACGAGACUCUAACUAGUUGCCCUGGAGUUAGCUAGCUGGCUAACCGUGGUGUUAUGUAACUAGUUAAUCCGGUACGGAGCACACAGGGGAUCUGUGUGAUGAAGCUGAACAGCGGAACGGAAUCUGUGAUAUCUGGAAAUGAUUAGAGAAUCAAAGACAUAUUUGGGACAAAAUGUAGAGGACAGAUGAAUGUAAAGAGUGUUCAUUUCAUCACCGGUGUGAGAGAGAGAAACUUCCAGAGCAGCGGUGUGGCUGAUGGAGUGGGAGGCUGGCGGGAUUAUGGAGUAGAUCCCUCUCUGUUCUCCGGAACGCUCAUGAGGACAUGUGAGAGAUUGGUCAAGGAAGGCCACUUUGUGCCUAGCAACCCUGUGGGAAUCCUCACUACAAGUUAUUAUGAACUCCUUCAGAACAAAGUACCUCUAUUAGGAAGCAGUACAGCCUGUAUAGUGAUGCUGGACAGACAAAGUCACCAGCUUCACACUGCAAACUUGGGAGAUUCUGGCUUCCUGGUUGUUCGAGGAGGGGAGGUAGUGCACAGGUCUGAUGAGCAGCAACACUAUUUCAACACACCCUUCCAACUUUCAAUUGCUCCCCCAGAGGCAGAGGGCUCUGUUCUUAGUGACCGUCCUGAAGCUGCAGACAGUACAUCCUUCGAUGUCCAGCUAGGUGACAUUAUCCUCACAGCCACAGAUGGGCUCUUUGACAACAUGCCAGACUAUAUGAUCUUACAAGAACUCAAAAAGCUCAAGGACACCAAUUAUGAGUGCAUCCAGCAGACAGCCAAGAGUAUUGCAGAACAGGCCCAUGUUUUGGCAUAUGACCCCAAUUACAUGUCACCUUUUGCACAUUUUGCUUGUGACAAUGGACUGAAUGUAAGAGGAGGAAAGCCAGAUGACAUCACUGUCCUACUGUCUAUCGUUGCUGAGUACACAGACUGAUGUGACUGCAGUGCUGCACUUCUCUUCUUCAUUAGAGUGGUCAUUCCUUCCUGCUGGCAGGAUAGGCAAAAAGUUUUCAUUUCUUUGCCAAGGACCAAACCCUGAUUCUCUUCAUUGGAUUUUAGCACAUCUUGUUUCACUCUGGCUUAUACAGAUUCACGUAAACCACUUAAACGACGUAAAAUUAUAAGUAAUAAAAUGAUUAGAAUUGUUUUAUGAUGUGCGAGACCAAACCAUUGCAUCUUACAGUGCUCUCAUUAUGGAUAAUAAACAUAGCAGGCAGUACACCUUUUUGACAAGACAUAACAUAAAAAUGAGUAGCAAUGACAUUAACAUGUCACGUAGGAAUAUGCAACCUGAAAUUAACUACUGAAAGAAUUAACGUUGUUCCAGCAGGGAGAUGUGUGGAGAUGAUAAUGAAAAUUGCAUCAUUAUACCAGGAGAGGUGUAUCUGACUGUGGAGUCUAGAGACAGGGUAGGACUGUAAUAUGUCAUGAUGCCAAUGGCAGACCCACAGAACAAUGACUUGUGAUUAAUCUAAUGAAUGAAAAUAGUCAGUUUGGCCUAGCAGUAUGAACUUAAAAAGCCAUUUUUAUAAGCUCACGUAUAUACUUAGUUAAUCUGGUUGUAGUCUGGUUCUGUAUUGAUCUACAGGGUAUCCCAAAAGUCUCCAUACGUAGGGGAAAUUAACACACGUGCACACAAAUAUAUGAAUGCCUUUGACAAAAGAAGAAUGUAUUAAAAUCGUUCUCAUUGCUGGUCUGGGAAGCUUUCACAAGGUUGGGAUGGACCUGCAUAACACCAGCUGUGUUAACACAAAUUCAUCUUGAGUGGGUGAGACAACUGUGUGUGUUUUACAAAGAAAUGUCAAUCAUGUAGAGGACGUUUAGUAAAUAAAGUUACAUUUUGCUUAAAAAGUGUUAAUUUCCCCUAUCUACAGAGAUUUAUAACACCACAAUUGAGGAACCAGGGUAAAGGGAAGUUGUACUAAGGAGACAAUUUCAGUCUGCUAAGUUUUUAUGUCUACUUUUUAAAAAAGAAUAAUAAUAAUAAUAAUAAUAAUAAUAAUUUAAAUAUUUAAUAUUGUAUUAGACUAGAGUUUCUCCACACAAUGUGGGUUGUUAUGUAAUAACAGUGCAAGAGAUUGCAAUCUUAUGAUGAGGGGGAAAAAAACCUUUCAUGCUCUGUUAACCACUUUGAAGAGGUGUGCGUGCGCAUGUGGACUUGAGUAAUAUACUGUAUGUAAAAGGUAAAUACAAACUUGCUGUAUUUCUGUGUAUGCAUUAGGAAACAAACCAUUGUAUAUGAAUGUAACAUUUUUUUCUUAUAAGUGUAAUCUGUCAGCUUUUUUGAAAUCAUAAUUUUAAAUAUUCUUUGAGCAUCUAUGAAUGCUUUAAGCAUGUGUGCCAUAUGAUCUAAUAAAGGUCUAUUUUUCUAGCUGUA